CAGGUACUUGGAGAGGAUUGGGAGGAGAUGGCAGGGAAUGGGAGGGGUGGCAGGGAAGAGGACACAGACAACAGGAAGAGGAGGAGAGAGCCUGCCCUGAGCUCUGUGUUGGGAGGUUAUGCUGCCACUGAAUAUGAAAUGUCCAAUACUGAAACAUGGAUGAACAGCAACAAAGCUGGUGAUCCACAGAAGAGACCCCGUAAAUCUUUUCCUCGUGACCAUCUCUACAUCUCUUCCCACUAACAGUGUCCUCACUUGUUGGGCCUGAUUCAACAGAACUGAGAAAAGAAGACAUCCACCAACGCAGAGGUCCUUCUAGGAGCAUCUUACCGAUUACCAAGAUUUUGCUUGUCCACUGUCAUUAUCAAAGAUGACGUCUGCCUAUGACACACUCCGCUUCCAGCUCCCCGGCCAUGAAGCAGCCACGCUCCGUAGCAUGAACCAGCUGCGCUCAGAGGAGCGCUUUUGUGAUGUAACUAUUGUCUCCGAUGGGCUCAAGUUCCGGGGCCACCGGGUGGUGCUGGCUGCUUGCUCCCCUUUCCUCAGAGACCAGUUCCUUCUAAAUCCAGGUUCUGAAUUACAAGUUUCUCUCAUGCAUGGACCCAGGGUGGUGUCAGACCUCCUUCUUUCCUGCUACACUGGCCUCCUGGAAUUCCCAGUCCGAGACAUUGUGAACUAUUUAACAGCGGCCUCUUACUUGCAGAUGGAACAUGUGGUGGAAAAGUGUCGCCAAGCCCUGACUCAGUUUAUUGAUCCACAAAUAGGUUUGAGGGAUGCUAAAAGCCUGCCCUCUCGGAGUGCUUCAUCAACAACCACUACAAUGCGCCCAAUUCGUCCAGCUGAAAACUGUAAGCCAUCGAAAACACAGGUCAAGGCAGCAGACGAGAGCGAGGAGGAGAUGUUGAUGAUGGCAGAAGAGGAAGAAGACGAGGAGGAGGAGGAAGAUGAAUCUCCUACAGAUAUUUGCAUUGUUAAAGUAGAGGCUGGAAUGGGUGAUGGUAGUGGGGGAGCAAAGGGCGGGAGAUCUUGGAGAAAAGAAGAGCAUAAUUCUGUGGCACAGCCAGAAGAGGCCCUAGUCAAUUCUACUAUGGAAGGAGAAGCUGGGGAUGGAGCUAUCCAUCAAGGGGGGAUGAUGAAGGCCAUCUACAGUGAUGAGGUGGAAGGCGGAGAAGGGGUGCUCAUUAUUCCCAGCAGCUACCAUGAAGAAGAGGAAGAGAUAUUAGACAGUGGAACAGGAGGCUGCCAAAGCAGUGUUGUGAUUGAUGGAAAUUCAAGAGAUGCUCUUGGUGGACUCGGAGGAUCAUCCCCAUACAACGCAAUGGCCAUGGGUGAUGCAAGGUUCGGCAACAGGCGAACAUUAAGGUGCAGUAAGUGCGAAGAGGUUUUUCAAGGUGUGGAAAAACUUGUCUUCCACAUGAGGGCACAGCAUUUUGUCUUCAUGUGUCCACGGUGCGGGAAACAGUUCAACCACAGCAGCAACCUUAACCGCCACAUGAACGUGCACAGAGGCGUAAAGUCCCACUCUUGCAACAUAUGCGGCAAAUGCUUCACUCAAAAGUCCACUCUUCACGACCACUUAAAUCUCCACAGCGGUGAGAGACCGUACCGUUGUUCUUACUGCGAUGUAAGGUUUGCCCACAAGCCGGCCAUAAGGCGGCAUCUCAAGGAGCAGCAUGGAAAGACCACCGCACAGAACGUCUUAGAAGCUGGGGCGGUUGAGAUGAAUAUUACAGCACAGAAUGCCUUGGACACUGGGGCACCUGAAAUGGGUCUUAUGAUGGGAUAAGGGACUGACUGGAAUGGCUUUGGUUUGUUUGGACCCUGGCAGGAGAAGUGUUUGAGCUUUAAAUAUGUUUUAUCCGAUUUGCACUAGUGUACUGACAUCUAUACUUUUUGAAGAAUUUUUCUCAGCUUUGGUGACCUGCAGGCCAGAAGUUUCCGCUUAUAAACCCAAGUGCUCCAUAGACUUUAGAACAGCUUUCGGGACACUGUGUUGUUUUUGGAAUUUGCUGUUGUUUUUUAAUCUUAUGUUACAUAUUACUGACAUUAAUUGUCCGAUGUCUUCUACUUGAGUUCUGAGGUAGCAAUACUGCGUUUUUAAGAGAAUUGAAGUGUUGUAUUAAUUAUAUGACCUUGUCAUUCAGCCCUACUUUAUAUUAUUGUGUAUCUGUGCAAACAGAGGUCAUGUGUGUGUUUUUAAAUAUACAAAAACAUAGCGAAAGCUAUUAGGAUUAAAUGUUCAGUUUGACAA